AUUUGGAAGUGAUAUUAGCAGAAGUAAAUGCAUAAAAUAAAUUAUUAUUAUUUAGAUGGCAUAAUACCAUUAUUUAUUCAAAUUUAUAAUAGUUGGAGAUGGUAAUGUGGGAAAAUCUUGUAUUUUAUUGAGAUAUACUGAAAAAUAAUUUCGUGAUGAACAUGACACUACAAUAGGUGUUGAAUUUGGAUCUCAAAUUUUUGUAAAAAAUGAGAAAACAAUAAAAAUAUAAAUAUGGGAUACAGCAGGACAAGAUUCAUUCAAGUCAAUAACUAGAUCAUAUUAUAAAGGGUAUAUAAUAAAGAUUAUUUUAGAUCGAUAGGAGUGUUACUAGUCUUUGAUAUAACAAAUGAGGAGUCUUUCCACAAUGUAUUAAAGUGGUAUAAUGAAGUCAAUGAUUAAGCUGCUCAAAACUGUUAAAUUGUGUUAGUGGGAAAUAAAAUUGAUUUGGAAUCACAGUAUAUAUUAAAUAUAUUAAAGUCGAAAAAUAUCAACUCUCUAAGCUAAAGCAUUUGCUGACCAAUACAAAAUGCAAUAUAUUGAGACAUCAGCUAAAACUAACCAUAAUAUUGAUUUAUUGUUUGAAAAUACUGCUAUGGAAAUAGUUGAUAAGAUUGAAAAGAAACAAAUUGAAUUUACUACAGAGGUAUUAAUCAAAUAUCAAUUCAAAUAUAGGAUAGCGGCAUUAAAUUAGGUAAUUACUAUAAACAAUAAAAUACAAAAAAGUAAGAGGAGGAUUGCAAAUGCUGAUUAUUAAAAUUAACAAAGUAUCAUCAGUU